GUCUACUUCUUUGAGGACAAUAAUAAUAUUACCAACAUUCUUAUUGUAUUAGUUUUUGUUUUUUGUGAUAAAUUGCGAGGAAAUGGAAAAUGUAUGCCGAACAUGUUUGCGAGUGCCCGAAAAUUUAACCCCCCUUUACUCAAACUCCGGAUUAAUAGAAAAAAUUGAAGCAAUUUCAUCCAUUCAAAUCAUUAGGGAAAAGGAAUAUCCCUCAAGUAUUUGCCAAGAAUGCGUCUCAAACGUUAACACCUUGUACAAUUUUCGUAAAGUUAUAAUAAACAGCGAUAGGGAACUCAAGGAAAGAGGUUUACUUAAUGAACGUUUGAAGACUACCAGACAAGUGGAGAAGAAUUCGGAAACUGUUAGCAAAACCGAAGAGCUUAAACCAAAAUUGAGUGAAACAAUCCAGUCUGAAAAUGAAUCUGAUUGUUCUUUUGACGAAUUAAACCCUAACAAUAUUAAAGAAGCCGUUAAAGGGGCUAUCGCUGUGAUGAAAAUGUGUAAAUGUAACUUGUGUGAUAAAACAUUUCCUUCAAGAUUCAAAUUAUAUAAUCAUAAACGCACUGAACAUGUGGCACCAGGGGUUUGCAACGUUUGUGGCAUGAUUGUUCGGUCUGAUAAUUUAAAAAGACACGUGCAAUUGCAUCUUGAGACGCCAGUUGAAUGCAAACAUUGUGGGAAAGUGUUCAAAAAUUCGGAAUCUUUGAGAGGACACAUGUUGAUACACAGAGGAAUUAUUUUUACUUGUGAGAUUUGUGAAAAAACUUUUAAAGUCAAAGCAGAAUAUAAAAGACAUCUAAAGACGCAUACAGACCCCGAAAUUGGUAAAGUUAUGUGCACAAUAUGUGGGAAAAGAGUCAGGGAUAUGAAAAAACACAUGCAUAGCCAUACUGGGGAAAGGCCUUACUUGUGCGUCUAUUGCUGCAAAGGCUUCACAAGCACUUACUCGCUUAAAGUUCACACCAGACAACAUACAAACGAAAAACCGUACAUUUGUGAGCAUUGUCCUAUGGCUUUUCCGCAAAAAGUUUCAUUAGUGACUCACAUUAAAUCGAAACACGGUGCAACAUUAGGGAAAUAAAACGAAAAGUUGAACUUAAAAACAACUUUUAUUUACAUAUUUAAA